AUGCUUUGUCUGCUGUGGCUGCUGUGGCUGCUGCCCCCCAGGGCCCGCGGCGCCCAGGUGCACCAGGUCUUUGAGGUGCUGGAGGAGCAGCCGGCCGGCACCCUGGUGGGCAUGGUGCCCACGCGGCCCGGCUUCACCUACCGCCUGAGCGAGCCGCACGCCCUGUUCGCGCUCAACGCCAGCUCGGGCGCGCUGCUGACCACGGCGCCCAUCGACCGCGAGCGGCUGCCCAGCGACGUGCUGGCCCUGGUGGUGUUGUCCAGCGCGCCCACCUACCCCACCGAGGUGCGCGUCCGCGUGCGCGACCUCAACGACAACGCGCCCGAGUUCCCCGAGCCCGUCGUGGCCGUGGCCUUCCGCGAGGACAGCGCGGGCGGCCGCCAGGUCAUCCUGGACACGGCCACCGACGCGGACAGCGCUGCCAACGGCGUGGACCACGGCUCCUACCGCAUCGUGGGCGGCGACUCCGACGGCCGCUUCGGCCUGGACGUGACCCCGCACCCCGGCGGUGCGGGCGCCUUCCUGCACCUGGUGACCCGUGGCGCGCUGGACCGCGAGGCCACACCGCACUACCGGCUGCUGGUGCAGGUGGACGACCGCGGCCAGCCCCGGCGGCGCGGCUACCUGGCGGUCAACGUGACGGUGCAGGACGCCAACGACAACGCGCCCGUCUUCGGCCAGGCGCUGUACCGCGCCCGCCUGGGGGAGGACGCGCCCCUGGGCGCCUCGGUGCUGCGGGUGCACGCGGCCGAUGCGGACGAGGGCGCCAACGCACGGGUGCGCUACCGCCUGCUGGACCCCGCGGCGCCCUUCCUGCUGGACGCCGACAGCGGGCUGCUGACCGUGCGCUCGCCGCUGGACUUCGAGGCCAGGCGCCAGUACGCGCUGACCCUGCAGGCGCUGGACGGCGGGAGCCCCCCUCUGGCCGGUCGCGCCCAGGCGCUGGUGGAGCUGACGGAUGUCAACGACAACGACCCCGUGGUCCGCUUCCGCUACUUCCCCGCCACGUCGCGCUUCGCAGCGGUGGACGAGAACGCGCAGGUGGGCACGGUGGUGGCGCUGCUGACCGUGUCGGACGCUGACUCGCCCGCCGCCAACGGGAACCUGUCGGUGCGCAUCCUGGCCGGCAACGAGCAGCGCCACUUCGAGCUGCAGCGCAGCCCGGUGCCCAACCUCAGCCUGGUCAAGGUGGCCGGCGCGCUGGACCGCGAGCGCAUCGCGGCCUACAACCUCACGGUGUGCGUGUCUGACGGCCAGGGCGCGCCCGGCCCGGCCCGCUCCUCGGUGGCCAGCCUGCUCAUCUUCGUCAACGACGUCAACGACCACCCGCCCGUCUUCGCGCGCCCGCGGUACCGGGCCCAGCUGGCGGAGGACGCGCCCCCGGGCAGCUUCGUGGGUGGCGUGGCGGCCUCAGAUGGGGACGCGGGCCCCAACGCGCACCUCCGCUACGGGCUGGCGGGCGGCGACGCCUGGGGCUGGUUCCGGGUCAGCGAGCACAGCGGCCUGGUCACCACCGCGCCCGGCGCCCAGCUGGACCGCGAGCGGGCGCCCCUGGUGCUCCUUAACGUCAGCGCGCGUGACCUGGGCCCGCACCCGCGGGUGGCCUUCGCCGAGCUGGAGGUCACCCUGCUGGACGUCAACGACCAGGCCCCGCGGUUCGGCCAGCCCGAGGGCUACGCCGUGGCCGUGGCCGAGGACGCGCCCGCAGGCACGGAGCUGCUGGUGCUGUCGGCCGCCGACGGGGACCUGGGCGACAACGGCACCGUGCGCUUCUCGCUGCUGGAAGGGGACCCCGGGCCGCCCGCCUUCCGCCUGGACCCCGAGUCGGGCCGGCUGAGCACGGCGGCGCCGCUGGACCGCGAGCGGCGCGCCUUCCACGCCCUGUGGGUGCUGGCCUCUGACCUGGGCCGGCCCCCGCUGACCGCGCGCACCUGCGUGAACGUGACGGUGCUGGACCUCAACGACAACAGCCCCGCCUUCUACCCCGUCCAGUACUUCGCGCAUGUGCAGGAGAACGAGCCGGCCGGCAGCUACGUGGCCACCGUGUCCGCCUCCGACCCUGACCUGGGCCCCAACGGCACGGUCAGCUACAGCCUGGCCGCCGGUGACUCGGCCCGCUUCUGGGUGGACGCCCGCUUGGGGGUCAUCUCCACGCGCGUGGCGCUGGACCGCGAGGAGAGGACGUCCUAUCAGCUGCAGGUGGCCGCCACGGACGGUGGCCUCCGGCGGGCCCCCACCCCGGCUGCGGUGACGGUCACGGUGCUGGACACCCAGGACAGCGCGCCCGAGUUCGGCCAGCCCUCCUACAGCUUCGUGGUCUUCGAGAACGUGGCGCCUGGCUACCACGUGGGCAGUGUGGCGGCCACCAGCCCGGAUUUGCACGCCAACAUCAGCUAUCUCAUCGCGGCCGGCGACCCCCACGGCGCCUUCUCCAUCCACCCGGCCAGUGGGCGGCUGAGCACAGCCGGAGACCUGGACCGCGAAGUGCAGGCCUUCUACCAGCUGCGUGUGGUGGCGGGCGGGGGCGCCGUGGCCGGAGAGGCACUGGUGAACGUCACGGUGCGGGACCUCAACGACAACGCGCCCCGCUUCCCCCGGCCGGACGAGCGAGCUGACGUGGUGGAGAACUGGGGGGCCGGGCACCCCGUCUUCCAGGCGCAUGCCCGGGACCCCGACGAGGGCCUCGGCGGGGAGGUGCGCUACAGCCUGGCGCAGGACGCCGGCGGCCUGUUCGCGGUGGACUCGCUCAACGGCUCGGUCACCUUGCGGGCCGCCCCGACCGGGCGCACGGGGCCCUUCGUCCUGGAGGUGCUGGCCGCCGACCGGGGCGUCCCUCAGCUGUCGUCCAGCCUGCGGCUGACCGUGCGGCUCCACGAUGUGAACGACCACGCGCCCACGUUCGAGCAGACGUCCUAUGAGGUGACGCUCUCCGAGGCCGAGCCCGUCAACUCGCGCUUCUUCCAGGUGCGGGCCACCGACCUGGACGCGGGCCCCAACGGCGAGGUGGCCUACCGCAUCUCGGCAGGCGACGCGGGCGGCGUCUUCGGCGUGUUCCCCGACGGCCAGCUGUACGUGCGGCGCGAGCUGGACCGCGAGCUGCAGGAGCGCUACGAGCUGGUGCUGGAGGCCAGCGACCGGGCGCUGGAGCCUCUGCGGGCCACGGCCAAUGUCACGGUGCUGCUCUGUGAUGAGAAUGACAGCAAGCCGCUGUUCGGCAGCACGGCCUACAGCUUCUGGCUGGACGAGGAGCAGCCGGCCGGCGCACCGGUGGGCAGGGUCAGCGCCGCCGACGGGGACGCCGGGCCCAAUGGCCAGGUCACCUACGCCUUCGAGACCCCGCAGCCCGACUUCGAGCUGCAGCCGCUGACCGGGGAGGUGCGCAGCGCCCGCCGGCUGGACCGUGAGGGGCUGGUGCGCGGCCGGGGCUCGGCGCUCUUCACCAUGGCCGUGCUGGCCAGCGACCAGGGCCGCCCGGCGCUGCGUGACCGCGCCGUGGUGCACGUCCAGCUGCGGGACGUCAACGACAACGCCCCCCGCUUCCUGAAGGACGCCUACCGGGCGGCCGUGUCCGAGGAGGCCGAGGGCCCCACGCCGGUGCUCCGGGUGUCUGCCUCCGACGAGGACGAAGGCCUUAACGGGGCCGUGCGCUACGAGCUGGUGGCGGGCAACGCGGAGGGCCGCUUCGCCGUGGACGCCGCCUCGGGCCAGGUGACGCUGCUGGGCCGACUGGACUUCGAGGCCACGCCCGCCUACGAGCUCGUCAUCCGGGCGCUGGACUCGGGGCCUGGCCCGCUGAGCGCCAGCUGCACGCUGCACGUGGAGGUGGUGGACGCCAACGACAACGCCCCGGCCUUCCCGCAGGACAUGCUGGAGCUGGACGUGGUGGAGAACCUGCGGGUGGGCGCCCUGGUGUCCUCGCUGUCGGCGGUGGACGCGGACUCGGGGGACAACGCAGAGCUGCGGUACAGCAUCGCGGGCAGCGACGGGCCGGGCACCUUCUCCGUCAGCCCCAACACGGGCAGCAUCUUUCUGGCGCGAAGGCUGGACUUCGAGACGCGGCCGCUGUAUCGCCUGAACGUCACCGCCAUGGACCGCGGCCACCCGCCGCGCUCUGCCACCGUGUCUGUGCUGGUGCGGGUUCGAGACUUCAAUGACAACGCGCCCCGCUUUCCGCCCGGGGACCUGGUGGCCUCUGUGCCCGAGAACGUGCCGCCGGGCACCUCGGUGCUGACGGUCAGCGCCCGGGACCCUGACACGGAUGUCAACGGCCGGCUGCACUACUCCAUCGUGCGCCAGACACCCCGCGGGGCCCACUUCCGCGUGGACGAGGCCCACGGCACCGUCUACACGGCUGCCGAGAUCGACCGCGAGUUCUCCAGCCGCUUCGAGCUGACGGUCCGCGCCAGCGACCAGGCGGAGCCACCGGAGACGCGGCGCCACGCGCUCAAGAAUGUGACGGUGCUGGUGGCCGACGAGAAUGACAACGCGCCCGCCUUCCUGUCUCAAAGUGCGCUGGCCGCCGACCCCGCGGCCGCCGUGGGCUCGCUGCUGACCACGCUGCAGGCUGCGGACCCCGAUGAGGGCCCCAACGGGCAGGUGGAAUUUGCGCUGCUGCAGGGGGAUGCGGCCACCUUCUCGCUGGACCGCUUUAGCGGGGCGCUGCGGCUGGCUUCCGCGCUGGCCCCCACCCGCCUGGCCUACAGCCUGCUGGUGGCCGCCACCGACCUGGGCCCUGAGCGCCGGCGUGCCACGGCCGAGCUGACCGUGCUGCUGCUGGGCUCCGACGGGCCGGCCUUCCCGCAGCCACGCUACGUGGCCGUGCUGCCCGAGGGGCUGCCCGCCGGCUCCAGCGUGCUCUCCCUGGCGGCGGUCAGCCCGCGUGGCCCCCAAGCGCCCGUCGAGUACUACGUGGUGUCCGUCAGCUGCCACGGCCGGUCGGCCGGGCGCCUCUUCUCCGUGGGCCGGCACAGCGGGCUGCUGCAGACAGCGGCCGUGCUGGACCGAGAGCGGGAUGCCUGCACCUACCUGGUGGACGUCUACGCCAUGGAGCGGGCAGGCACUGUGCCGCACACCCAGAGGGCCGAGAUGAGGGCGGAGGAGCCUCAGGUCGGCCGAGUCUGACCAGCCUGUCUUCCUCUGUUUCGACCGGAGGAGCUCCGAGCUUAACUGUUUCAAAUGUUUGCUUCCACCGAACAUUUAUUUUUAAUAUGACAGCUCAUUAUUUUCUGUGGCUAAAGAUAGAGUGAACACAACAGGC